GAUUGUUUGUGUUGAGGCGCUGAUGUUGACAGGCGUUUGGUUUGACAGCCAAAAAGUCGCAAAACCGCAUUUGUAUCGUGCACACAUCGAAUAGCACACAGUUUACCAAAGUGAAACAAAAGUAUUAAAAAUCCCCAAUUCCAAAGUGAAUAGUGAAAAAAGGACGUUGAAUCGAUGCAAAUUCGGAUUAAAUGAAAAAAAAAAUCAAUUUUCAUCGUAAAAAAGUAGCGAAAACAUUUCGCAGAAAUUGCAUUUCAACCAAAAUCCGUUCAAUCACGGGCACACGAAUCACGAACACGAAACCCAUACAUACAUGCAAACAAACCGCUGCGAAUAGGCAUUUUAUGCCAUAAACAUAACCCAACUACAUAUGCCAAAAAGGUAGUUUAAUAACAAACUAGCAUUCACGUCCCGCGCACGAAACACAGCAAAGAAUGAAAUCAAGUGCGGAAAAAGGCGAAUUUUGUGCAUAAAAACCGAAAAAUUUAGUAAAAAAAAAAUCAUUUAAAUUUGUAUCGAUGAAUAGAGCGAUGAAACAUUUGUACAGAGUCCGCUUCCAUUGAUACAAAUAUGAUUUAAGUAUUUCGACAUAACAAUCGGAAAUUUUUACCUCGCGUGAGUAUUCAAACGAAUUUUGUAACACACAUAAAGUGAUCCGGAUUCCCGGGGCCAAUAAAAACUAACAAUGGCCAGCACAAGUACGAUAAAUGCUGCUUCGGUAGCUCAAGUGGAUGCGGCCCAAAUGAACACAUUCCGCAGCUAUGUGACAAUGCUGGGCGAUCCAACGGCAAAAGAUGAAAUCAAAAUGAAGGCGGCUCAAGAGCUCAGCGAAAACUUCGAAUUGAUUACACAGUGCAGUGGCUUUCAGCUCUUCCUAGAGCACUCAAUGAAGAUUUUCAUUAAAAUCUUACACGAAGGAGAUCCAUUGUUUAUAUCAGAGUACAAUUUACAGCAGGUUCGGAAAUUAAUUUUAGAAAUGAUACAUCGAUUACCGACAUCGGAAAUUCUCCGUCCAUAUGUGGCUAGCAUUUUGUCACUGAUGUUAAAACUACUGCAAACUGACAACGAAGAAAAUGUGCUCGUGUGUUUGCGUAUCAUUAUCGAACUACACAAGCAAUAUCGGCCACAGUUCAAUCCCGAAAUUCACAUGUUUUUAACGCUGGUCAAGCAAAUUUAUUCCGAUUUACCGAAGCAUAUGCCAAAAAUAUUUGAACCACGUCCACCGAUCCGUGUGAAAGAUCUAAAAGAUGUGAAUUUAGAGCAAUUGCUCAACGAAACGUACACAAUCACACCGAUUCAAGUGGAGAAGAAAGCCGGCGAAAAUACCACCGCCAAUUAUAAUCUCAUACCAAAGGGUAUAUUGUCGUUGAAAGUAUUGCAGGAGCUCCCAAUUAUUGUCGUACUCAUGUACCAAAUAUACAAACAGUACGUGCAUCAAGAGGUGUCUGAAUUUGUGCCGUUGAUCAUGACCACAAUUUCGUUGCAACCAUCGCCAAUGGUUCGUAGCCAGCCAUCGUUCAACAAAGAAGUGUACGUAGAUUUUAUGGGCGCACAAAUUAAAACCCUAUCAUUUUUGGCCUAUAUCAUCCGGUUGUUCCAAGAUGCGAUCGUUUUGCAUGCACCGGCCAUGGUCAAAGGAAUGAUUGGUUUAUUGCAAUCCUGUCCAAAGGAGGUAGCUCAUCUGCGAAAGGAGCUCCUAAUCGCUGCUCGCCACAUUUUGGCCACCGAAUUGCGAAACAAAUUCGUCGGUUCAAUGGAUAAACUGUUCGAUGAAGACCUACUGUUGGGACGCGGUUGGACAACACAUGAAUCACUUCGACCACUUGCCUAUUCAACGCUUGCCGAUCUCGUGCAUCACGUACGGCAACAUCUAAACAUUCAUGUUUUAGCCAAAGCCGUACAUUUAUUCUCGAAAAAUGUCCACGACGAAUCACUCCCGACGAGCAUUCAAACCAUGUCGUGCAAAUUGCUGUUGAAUUUAGUCGAUUGCAUUCGGCAGCGCAGCGAAGCCGAAUCGUCAACAGCUCGAGAUUUACUCAUCACCAUGCUUCGGAUAUUUACGCUAAAAUUUUACACAAUUGCAAAAAUUCAGUUACCACAAAUCGUGAGCAAAUGGAAAACAAUGAAAACAGAGAGUGGAAAUGCAAGUAGCGGUGCCACACCACCGUCGACCGCAACAACACCAGCGGCUGCAACACCAUCGACUUCAACACCAUCAACCACGACCGCACCUGCAACACCGGCCGCAACAACUGAAACACGCGAUCCAAUGUCAAUGGAAUUGGCUGUGGCCGAUCAAACGUCCAAGUUAAGCAGCAUCGGUAUCCCACCGCCAACCAAUUUAAAUGUGGCCGAAUACCGAAGUCUGGUCAAAACACUGGUGUGCGGUGUGAAAACAAUCACAUGGGGCUUGGCCAGUUGUAAAUCAUCAUUUAAUGAGGCUACCGUUCAAGGUACACAAUCGAAAAUGUUCCAGCCCAAAGAAAUUCUAAUGUUCAUCGAUUUGGUGCAUUGGGCUUUGGAAGCACUGGAUAUCUAUACGAUUAAUGCACCGGGAAAUGGAGGCGCUUGUACACAAGUUGCCAAAACAACCGGCCAACAAUUGCCCGUGCCACGGUCGAAAGAAGAAAAAGAAGUUUUAGAGCAUUUCAGUGGAGUGUUUCUGAUGAUGCCCAACCAAAAUUUUCAAGAGAUUUUCGCCUCGACUGCCGAGUACAUGGUGGAGCGAAUUUACAAAAACUCCGCCCUUCAAGUGAUUGCCAACUCAUUUUUGGCCAAUCCAUCGACAUCGCCUCUCUUUGCCACCGUUCUAGUGGAAUAUCUGCUCGAGCGCAUGGAAGAAAUGGGCUCCAAUAUUGAACGAUCAAAUCUAUAUCUACGGUUAUUCAAAUUAGUUUUCGGUUCGGUUAGUUUGUUCCCAGCUGAGAAUGAGCACAUGUUGCGGCCACAUCUGCAUAACAUUGUAAUUCGUUCGAUGGAGUUGGCGAUGACUGCCAAAGAGCCAUACAAUUACUUUUUGCUACUUCGUGCACUGUUCCGUUCGAUUGGUGGUGGCAGUCAUGAUUUGCUGUAUCAAGAAUUUUUACCAUUGUUGCCCAAUUUGCUUGAAGGAUUGAAUCGUUUGCAAAGUGGUUUCCACAAACAACACAUGAAAGAUUUAUUUGUCGAAUUAUGCUUGACCGUUCCAGUGCGUUUGUCAUCGCUUCUACCAUACUUGCCCAUGUUGAUGGAUCCAUUGGUAUCCGCUCUCAAUGGUUCGUACACACUCAUCAGCCAAGGUUUGCGUACACUUGAACUGUGCGUUGAUAAUUUACAACCAGAUUUCCUGUACGAUCACAUUCAUCCGGUUCGUGCCGAUUUGAUGCAAGCUCUAUGGCAUACACUGCGUAAUCAAGAUAGUGCCGCUCAAGUGGCAUUCCGUGUGUUGGGCAAAUUUGGUGGUGGCAAUCGUAAAAUGAUGGUCGAACCACAGCGUUUGGAAUAUAACGAAAAGAAUGCGUUGACAACGGCAAUUGUUGCCCAUUUCACUGAUCAUCAAAAACCAAUCGAAUUUCCAGUGGAUAAGGUCAUCGAAACGGCAUUCAAUGCACUGAAAAACAGUUCAACCGAUCCAUUCUAUUGGCGUCAAAGCUGGGAAGUCAUUCGUUGCUAUUUGGCCGCUUCACUAUGCUUAGAGGAUGACAAACACACGCUGCAAAAACUGUUUAUGCAUAACACUUUCUUGGAGGGAAGUAUCGGCACAUCACCAGGUCCACAUUAUAAAUCACCGGAUGCACAAGCACGUCAAACGCAACAGACUGCAUUGACUGGAAUGUUUGUGGCCGCUGCGACAAAGGAGUUGAGACAAUACGUUCUGCCGACAAUGGUGGCCGUUGUUCGUCACUACACAAUGGUUGCAAUCGCUCAACAGGCCGGACCAUUCCCAUACAAACAUACAUAUCAAGUGAGCAACGGUUUGGAUCCAUUGAUUUUGAUCGAUGCACUUGCCGUAAUCAUGGGCCAUGAAGAGAAGGAACUGUGCAAACCGGGCCAUUUGGCAAUGGUUUUGAUACUGGACACAGCCACAAAUAUCAUGGGAAAUAAAGAACGCGCUUGCCGUUUACCAAUGAUGCAAUACUUAGCAGAGCGUAUGUCAUCAUUAUGCUACGAACGACCGUGGUAUGCAAAAAUGGGCGGAUGCACUGCAUUGAAAUUCCUGUAUCAACACAUGGCCAUGCGAUGGUUGUACCAGCAUUUGUUCGUAUUCCUCAAGGCGUUCAUGUUUGUGAUUAUGGAUUUGGCGGGUGAAGUGUCGAGCGGUGCGAUCGAUAUGGCAAAAACCUAUUUGGAACAAAUGCUCACCAUUACGAUGGUGCCACUUGGAAAGGAUUAUAAAAAUGAAGAAUUGGUAACGACACAGAACAAAGCCAUUUAUGAAGUGGUUCAAGAGCUGGUGCGACAAGUAACCAGCCCAAAUUCAAUGGUACGCGAGCAGGCAAUGUCUUCGCUGCGAUUGAUUGCCAAUGCACAAGGUAAAACAAUUACCGAAGUGAUGAGCCCACAUCGUGAAGUACUGGCUGAUAUUAUUCCACCGCGAAAACACUCAUUGCGACACCAACCGUGCAGCGCACAGAUCGGUUUGAUGGAUGGCAACACAUUCUGCACAACACUCGAACCGAAAUUAUUUACACCGGAAAUGAUUGGCGACUAUGACAAGCUCUGCUUCCCCGAACUGAUAACGCUGUGCAACGCCGACGAUGCCGUUCUCACCAAAUUGGAUUGCUACAAAAAUGUCACCAAUUUGAUUCCACUGCGGAAAAGUGCAUUGAAAACACUCACCGCAUGCCACUAUUUGGCUGAUGCCUCGAGUCGCGACAAGAUUUUGGCACUUCUGCUGAAAUCACUCGAAAAGAAUAACACCGAACUUCAAGAGACCGCAUUCGAGUGCCUACAGAAAUUCCUCUCGGUUUACACCAUUGACAAGGAAAUUAUUCACUCCGCUAUGCGACCAUUACUGCUGACGCUGGGCGAUUAUCGAAAUUUAACGUUGAAUGGAACGAAACGUUUAUCAUAUUUGACACGAUUAUUCCCGUCAAUGUUCAAUGAAAAACUGUGCGAACAACUGUUGCAGCACAUUUGCAAAAUGCUUGAGAAUUCGAUAACGGCCAAUAAAGGGAAGAACUUCCUCGCCAUUGCUAAAACGGGUGAUAAUGAGCAAAAAGUGGCCACUAUUUUGGGUAUAUUCCAUCAAAUACCGGCCGCAACGAAUAAAUUCAUCGAAACAUUGUGUCGACUGAUAUUGCAAACGGAAAAGAAUCUUAUGAUCGAACCAUCGUGCCCGUUCCGUGAGCCGUUGGUCAAGUUCCUCCUUCGAUUCCCGGGCGAUACAAUUGAUCUUUUAAUGAACGAUAACAACAUCAAGGAUCAACAAAACAAUCGAUUCGUUAUUUAUCUGCUGAAACAUGAAAGUGGGCUGAAAUUCAGAAAUGUCAUGCAAACCAGAUCGAACCGCUUGAUUCAAUUGAUUCUCUGCAAUCCAUAUGAUGGAAUCGCUACUAUUCAAAGCCAAGUCAUUCUGGCUUCACAUGAAGACCGUUACGAAGCACAACAUCAAGCUGUUGUCGUAAUUACAACGCUCAUUGAGUUCGAUGAAAACUGGAUUGCCGAUCAAACUGAAUUGGUCAAUGCACUGAAAAAUAUUUGGCAAACCGAUUUGUAUAAGAGUUGUGAGACAAAUGUAGCCUGUGAUCUUUGGCAUUUGAUUUCGAAAAUUUUCCUAAAAUACUUUACACAUCACACCGAUGACAUCGAUUUACUGUUCAUGCUGUUGCGAGCAUUAUGUCUACGUUUUAUACCUGACUUCCAGUUUCUUCGUGACUUCCUCUCGAACACUGUUGCUCAGAAUUACACGGUUGAUUGGAAACGCAAGGUGUUCUUCCACUUUGUGGACAAUUUCCACAAUCCAGCACUAUCGCAAGAGCUAAAAGCGAAAACUUUAACCACAAUUUUGAUACCAUGCUUUGCGGUGAGCUUCGAAAAGGGUGAAGGUAUCAAAUUGAUCGGUGCACCGCCAUCACCAUAUCAAGAGGAUGAAAAUAAUGUUGUGUCUGUGUUUAUCAGUCGUGUAAUCGAUCCAGAUAAGCCAUUUGAAAAUGAUGACGCUGUACGAAUAGCGUUGUUGCAAUUCGCAUGUUUGCUGGUGGAACGAGCAUCGCCACACAUUCACGAUGGCGAUUCGAAUAACAAGCGUCAGGGUAGUAAAUUGCGUCGUUUGAUGACAUUCGCUUGGCCAUGUUUGCUUGGCAAAAACUGUGUUGAUCCAUCGGCACGGUAUCAUGGUCAUCUGUUGCUCAGUCACAUAAUCGCACGCCUUGCAAUCCACAAGCGAAUUGUGCUGCAAGUAUUCCAUUCGUUGCUCAAAGGUCAUGCAAUCGAGGCUCGUGCUGUGGUGCGUCAAGCACUUGAAGUGCUAACACCAGCGAUGCCAUUGCGAAUGGAAGAUGGUCACACUAUGUUAACCCAUUGGACCAAAAAGAUCAUCGUCGAAGAGGGACAUUCGAUGCAACAAUUAUUCCAUAUUUUGCAAUUGGUUGUGCGUCACUCCAAGGUUUACUAUCCAGUUCGACACAAUCUCGUGCAACACAUGAUCACAUCGAUGACAAUGAGCAACAGAGAAAGAAAUUGGCCGUUGACAGCAGUGGAUCAACACCAACCGCCGCAGGUACAAGUCAAUUGACACCAGCCGCCACCAAACCGGAAUCACUUGAACCCAUCGAAAAGCAUCACUGCGAUACGGUUAUUAAUUUCCUGUUCCGUCUGUCGUGUCAAGUGAAUGAUACAUCACCAACACCGGGAGCCAUGACGCCUGGUGAAAAUCUAUCACGUCGUUGUGUUGCUCUCUUGAAAAUGGCACUGAAACCAGAAGUGUGGACGCAACCGAUCGACUUGAAAUUGCACUGGUUGGACAAGGUGUUUAGCAGCGUUGAAAGUUCACAGCCAAACUAUGGAAAUAUUUGCACGGGCCUGGAGCUGUUGACAUUCUUGCUCGGUGUUUUGAAGAAAGAACAAAUCCUAUCCAUUUUCCGUCCAUUACAAAAGGGUUUAUCAGCUUGUGUAACAUGCUCAAAUACACGAGUAACACGGCUUAUGCAUGGAUUAUUAUCACGGUUGAUGGGUCUAUUCCCCACCGACGCAUUCCACAAACACGAAGAACUCGAAGUGUUGUACGCAACCAUCAGUAAAAUGAUCUUUGAAGGGUUGGCCACAUUUGAAAAGAGUCCACAAGCAAAUCCAUCAUCAUUGUUCGGAACGUUGAUGAUUUUGAAAGCCGCCUGCAUGAAUAACCCAAGUUACAUUGAUCGAUUGAUGAUGCCAUUCAUGCGAUUACUGAAUCGAUUGACCAAGGAACAUUUAACUGGAUCACCACAACAUCAAGCCGCUCAACAAGCCGAUGGCACGAACAGUGGUUCACUUGCACUAGAAUUGCUCAUCUUGUCAUUGGAUCUGGUGAAGAAUCGUGUGGUGGUGAUGGGCGUUGAAAUUCGUAAACUUUUCAUUGGCGGCAUUUUGGUCGGCCUCAUCGAAAAGAGUUCCGAGGUCAAAGUGAUGAAAGCCAUCGUCAAAAUCAUCGAAGACUGGAUGAAGAACAAAAACAGCAGUGUGACUGUAACACAGGCGCCAACAUUACGUGAAAAAUCGAUUCUAUUGGUAAAAUUGAUGCAUUACGUUGAAAAGCGAUUCUCCGACGAUCAAGAACUGAAUGCACAAUUUUUGGAGCUCAUCAACUACAUUUACCGCGACGAUCAGUUGAAGCAAUCGGAAUUGGUAUCGAAAUUGGAAUCGGCAUUCUUGAGUGGAUUGCGUUGUAAUCAGCCAACGAUUCGAGCGAAAUUCCUGGAAAUAUUCGAUGGUUCAAUGCGACGCCGGCUACACGAUCGAUUGCUUUACAUCGUUUGCUCACAGGCCUGGGAUGCAAUUGGCCAACAUUACUGGAUCAAGCAAUGCAUUGAACUCUUGAUUUUGACAUCAAACACUUCCACUCAAAUUCGAAUUGCAAAUGAUACGCAUUUGUUGCCCAGCAUUUCAUCGGUCAUCAACCUGACCGAUUCGGAGGAGAAAAAAGACUUUGUAAUCUACACACAAAUGCACAACGAUCAACCAGAUGUAUUCGAUAAUAUCGAAGAUAAAGAGGAUAAUUUUGAUAUGGACAUGAAUGUUGAUUUGAAUAUUUCACGCCGUGAAGAAAGUGAACGUCCGAUAACCAAUCGAAACGCGGCCCUAGUCAAAUUGAUAAGUCGCCAAGCGGAGUUUUUGGAAGCAAAUCGAAAAGUUCGCACUGAACAAUUCCUUGUGGCCACUGCACAAUUGUGUCACAUGGAUACAUCACUGGCUGAAAGUGUAUGGCUGUCGGUAUUCCCACGAAUGUGGUCGAUUUUAGAUGAAGGUCAACAACAAUCGCUCGUCCGUGAGAUGGUACCAUUUUUAUCAUCCGGAACGCAUGUCGGCCAAAAGGAUUGUCAUCCAACGGCAAUCAAUACAUUUGUCGAAGCAUUGUCACGAUGCCAGCCACAGGUUCAUUUACCGCCAAAUCUAAUGACAUACCUUGGCAAAGCGCACAAUUUGUGGCAUCGAAUGACACUGAUGCUCGAGGACACGUGCAACGAAUGGCCCAACAAACAAGAACAAUUGGCUGAAUACUCUGAUCCAGAUCACAUCACCGAUUACGGUUCUGGCGAGAUGAGCAAAGCGGCUAUUUUCGAUCCAUUAUCACAAAUGUAUUCCGCUUUGCAUGAAGAAGAUUUAUGGGCUGGUCUGUGGUUGAAAUAUGCAAAAUACCAGGAAACCAAUCAAGCCAUUGCCUAUGAGCAAAUGGGAUUCUUUGAAGAGGCACAAGGUGCAUACGAUUUAGUCAUGACAAAAUACAAACAAGAAGCAGCCAGCGGACCAACACCGAUCGAUAUGAACAGUGAACUUCAGCUGUGGGAAACGCAUUGGUUGCGCUGUGCAAAGGAGCUCAAUCAAUGGGACAUCAUUUUGGAUUACGCAAAAAUGCACAAGGACAAAAAGUCAUUUUUGAUAAUGGAAAGUGCAUGGCGCGUUCCAGACUGGGAUGUGAUGAAACAAGCACUGAACCGCGUCGAACACGCAAGCCCCAAAAAGGAUGGAUACAAAGUGAAUUUGUAUCGUGGAUUUUUGGCCAUUCUCAAUCCCGACGAACAACAUUUGGCAUCCGUUGAACGUUACGUUGAGAUAGCGUCCGUGUUUUGUAUGCGUGAAUGGCGUCGCUUGCCACAUAUUGUGUCACACAUUCAUUUGCCGCUUUUGCAAGCCGCUCAACAGAUUAUGGAAUUGCAGGAAGCGUGUCAAAUUCAUCAGGGUUUGCUACAAAGCCGCAUUUCAUCGUUGCAUGACAUGAAAGCUAUCGUGAAGACUUGGCGCAAUCGAUUGCCAGUCGUUGCCGAUGAUCUAUCACAUUGGAGUGACAUAUUUACAUGGCGUCAGCAUCACUAUCAAAUAAUCACUUCACACCUGGAAAAACAGCCCGAUGUUGUGACGAACAGCAAUCAAAGUAUGCUGGGCGUUCAUGCUUCGGCACAGGCCAUCAUUCAUUUCGGUAAAAUGGCACGAAAACACGGUUUGACCGGAGUGUGUCAGGAUACGUUGUCACGGAUUUAUACCAUUCCAUCGGUGCCAAUUGUUGAUUGCUUCCAGAAAAUUCGGCAACAAGUCAAAUGCUAUCUGCAAAUGGCCGCGAUCAGUGGACGCGGCGAAUUGGCCGAAGCGCUUGAGGUGAUCGAAUCGACGAACUUGAGAUACUUCUCACGUGAAAUGACCGCUGAAUUUUCCGCAUUGAAAGGAUUAUUGUUGGCACAGAGUGGCAAUUCGGAGGAGGCGAACAAAGCAUUCAGCGCAGCCACACAAAUGCAUGACACAUUGAUCAAGGCAUGGGCAUUAUGGGGAGACUAUUUGGAACAAAUAUUCACAGUAGAAUCGCGGCAAAUGCAUUUGGGUGUCAGUGCGAUUAUUUGCUUCUUGCACGCAUGUCGACAUCAAAAUGAAAGCAAAUCGAGAAAAUACUUGGCCAAAGUACUUUGGCUACUUUCGUAUGACGAUGAACAGUCUUCACUUAUGGAAGCCCUUGAUAAAUACGCCGUUGGUGUGCCACCACUUCAUUGGCUGCCAUGGAUUCAACAGCUACUUUGCAGUUUGGUUCAGUACGAAGGGACGGCCAUUUUGAACUUGUUGAGCCAGGUUGGUCGAAUGUUCCCACAAGCUGUCUAUUUCCCCAUUCGAACGUUGUACCUAACGUUGAAAAUUGAACAACUUGAAAAGGCGAGAACGACAAAGAAAGCCAGCGAUAAACCGAACGGAGCUGAAGGUGGUCAACCACAAAGCACGAACCCAAGACCGAUCCGUGCCACACCACCAAUGUGGCGUUGUUCGAAAGUGAUGCAUGUUCAACGUGAAAUUCACCCGACCAUUUUGAGUGCGUUGGAAGGAAUCGUCGAUCAAAUGAUAUGGCUCCGUGAAAAUUGGUACGAAGAAGUGUUGAGGCAAUUGCGACAGGGUCUCAUCAAAUGCUAUGCCAUAGCGUUUGAAAAUCGUGGCACAGUCAAUGAGGCGAAAAUCACACCGCACACGCUGAAUUUCGUCAAGAAAUUGAUUGCAACAUUUGGCAUUGGAAUUGAGAACAUUUCGAAUUCGGCGGCAUCGACCGAUGCCAAAGAUCCGUUGGCAAAGCGAGCUCAAGCCACCGUACAAGAUCCAGUGUUCCAAAAGAUGCGUGGACAAUUUUCCAUUGACUUUGAAUUCUCACAGCCCGGCGCAAUGAAACUGCAUAAUUUGAUAUCAAAACUGAAGAAAUGGAUCAAAGUGUUGGAGGCAAAGACAAAACAAUUGCCAAAAUCAUUCCUAAUCGAAGAGAAAUGCCGAUUCCUAUCGAAUUUCAGUCAGAAAACAGCUGAAGUUGAAUUACCGGGCGAACUAUUGUUGCCACGCCAUUCACACUAUCACAUCCGCAUCGCGAGAUUUAUGCCACGCGUGGAAAUUGUUCAGAAACAUAACACAGCCGCUCGUCGUUUGUUCAUUCGCGGAACAAAUGGCAAGGUCUAUCCAUAUUUGGUGAUUAACGAUUCUGGAUUGGGCGAUGCACGACGCGAAGAGCGCGUUUUACAGUUACUUCGAAUGCUCAAUCACUAUUUGGCCAAACAAAAAGAAACAUCACGUCGAUUCUUGCACAUAACCGUACCACGAGUGGUUGCCGUUUCACCACAGAUGCGACUAGUUGAAGAUAAUCCAAGUAGUUUAUCACUUCUCGAUAUCUUCAAGAACGGUUGCGCCAAGCUUGGCAUCGAACAUGACGUGCCAUUGGCACGGUAUUACGAACGAUUGGCCGAUGUACAAGCUAGAGGCUCACAGACAACACACACAGUAUUACGUGAUAUCCUACGAGAAGUUCAAACAUCCAUGGUACCGAAAACCAUUUUGAAAGAUUGGGCCAUCAAGAAUUAUACCUCUGCCACAGACUACUGGCAAUUCCGUAAAAUGUUCACAUUACAAUUAUCAUUGGCAUGCUUGUGUGAAUAUGCUUUGCACUUGACGGCAACCAAUGCCGAUAUGAUGUACAUCCACCAAGACUCUGGUCUCAUAAAUAUUUCAUACUUUAAAUUUGACAUUGACGAAGCGACCGAUGAGCUGGGCGCUAAUCGAGCCGUUCCAUUCCGAUUGACACCGAAUAUCGUUGAAUUUUUGUCAAACAUCGGCAUAACCGGACCAUUGACGGCAUCGGCCAUUGUAACUGCACGCUGUUUGGUUCAACCCAAUUUCAAAUUGCCAACAAUACUGCGAGCAAUUUUGCGUGAUGAAAUCAUCGCUCUGCACAAGAAGCGUUUGAAGGAUGAGAAGAUGCAACAGGAGGCCAACGGCGAAAUCAAUCCGGAGAGUCCAUCGAACGAUGAGAUCAAAGUGAAUGUGGAAAGCAUUAUUGUGUUUGUCAACAAAGCGGUCAAUUCAAUAAUGGGCCGGCUCAACAGUAUUUCAUAUUUUGACAAUGUCGAAAAUAACAAAAUGAGCACACUCGUUCAAGCUGCUCACAAUCCAGACAAUCUCUGUCGCAUGGAUCCUGCUUGGCAUCCAUGGGUGUAAACAACCACCGCAACCAUUUUAUAUCUCUACACGAUGAAUGCGCGACCGCGAUGAAAUCACGAAAUUACUUUUUACUCUUUUGAAAUUAAAUUCAUGUUUUUUAAUAGGAAAAAUUGUUCGACAGCUAUGUAACGUACUCUAAUUCAAAUUGGAUACUUAUUCCAAAAACUUUUUAAAAAAAAUUGAAUGUUGUAAAUAAAUAAACUUGAUGAAUAAAAUAUAAUCAAUUAGUGAGAUAAGCAGAAAAGAAAA